CGACAAUUUAAUGCCUAAAGCUGCUGCACUUUCCGUCUGUGUUUCUUCUCCGCACUUAGGCUGCAUGGAAGCUCCGACGACGACGCGGCGCGUGGCGGCCCCAGCUCGCUCGGGCUCCUUUCCUAGCGCCCGGAUGCUGGAGGCUCAGCGCACCUUCCAGAGUGUGGUGAAGCAGGAGCUGCAGAUGCUGCUUGAGGGCGGCACGAAGCGCGAGGAGGCGGUGAAGCUACUAUUGCGACGCAUCGUGGCCAGCACAGAACCUCCCGAGGCCGCAGCCGUUCGUGGCGUUAUGCGUCAGUUCCAAAUGAAUUACGACGACGCAGUGCGCGCUCUAAUCGUCAAACAGGAGCUUGGUAGACUCAAGCGCCAGGGACUGGACUCGUUCGCAGCUAUUGAGGAACUUACACGUAAAAUGAGGAGUCGAGAGGUAGAAGAGGAGGAAGAAAGGGUAGAACAGGAAGUAGAACACAAGGAUAGUUCAGUUGAAGAGAAGAACGAACAGGUUUCUAGUGAAGAGCAAGAGGAAGAAGCCAUCCCAGCGGCUGAGAUGGCGUCGCCGACGUCGGAAAAAGACGGGAACGAGACGUCCUUGUCGCUAAUUCAACGUAUCGGUCAAGUAUCAAUCUCCUCUGGCAAUAUGCCUGAGAGGGAGAACGAGGAACGUGAAGAAGAGAAGGAAUCAAACGAAGAUACAGACGGAGAAGAUGAAUCUGUAAGAGGACACAAUAAGACGCAGUACAAGUCUCCUCUUCGAGUUCGAAGCCCCAACAGCAACAACCUGGCAGAUCUCACGCCACAGUCACGCAAACGACGUGCUGCCUUCGAUACUACCAAUAACAACAGCGGACGUAGUGUGAAGCCAUUGUUCCCGAGUGUAAAGAAGCAGAAAUUGUGCGCUGAAGUGGGCGCCGGGUUCCUUCAAGUCGUCACGCGUAAAUCCAAGCAAACGCCCCCUAAUGUAUCCAAGAGCACAGCAGCAGGGUUGUCUGGGUCCUCGCCAAGUAGCGGGAAAGGUGGUGGAGGCUCACGUGACCACAACUCCAAGAAUUUACACAAGCGGCAACGAGACAGCCCCACAGGGAUGCAGGACGAGGACGAGUCUCCCAUCGCAGAUGAACUUCGUAUUUCCCACGUGCAUCACCGACAUCACACGCAUCAUAGCAAGCGCCAGAAGAGCGGCAGCCAUUAAACACACGGACGACCGAGGAGUACGAGUCUUAAUUAUUUCAACCUCUGUAAGACCGUUUUGGAACAUGUAGAAAAGCUAGGAACAAGAGAAUGAAGAAGAAAAAAGGAAAAUGGAGACGCCGUGUAAGAGAAAUAGGAAUACAGGAAGAUUACAUGAAUCUGUAUUUUAGCUGCAAAUUACAGACAACUCUAAUCGAUACUCUAAUCCUGAAAAUGGCG